AGAUAAGGUAGCAAGAAGAGAUCGAACCUGAUUCUCUGAGAUUCUUCUUUCGACAAAAGCUAUGGAGUAUUCUGGAGUCUCUCCGCCUAGGAAUCCUUCUCAGCUUUCAUGGGCGAGGAAUUUGAUUUUGGCCUACCAGAGCUUUGGUGUUGUCUACGGUGACCUCUGUACAUCUCCUCUCUAUGUGUUCCCUAACACAUUUAUUGGCAAGUUGCACAAGCAGCAUUACAACGAGGAAGCCGUAUUUGGUGCCUUCUCUUUGAUUUUCUGGACCCUCACGCUCAUCCCCCUUCUCAAGUACCUUCUUGUAUUACUCAAUGCCCAUGACAAUGGACAAGGCGGAACAUUUGCUCUCUAUUCGCUGCUUUGUAGGCAUGCUAAGCUUAGCUUACUUCCUAACCAGCAAGCUGCUGACGAAGAGCUCUCAGCUUACAAGUCCACUGAUACUGCAACUUCCUCCCCCUUUAAAAGAAUCUUUGAGAAGCACAAAAGGCUGAGGACUGUGUUGCUACUUCUUGUUCUUGCUGCUGCUGCUAUGGUCAUUGGAAACGGGGUUUUGACUCCAGCAAUAUCUGUUCUGUCUUCCAUGUCAGGUUUGCAAGCUACAGAGAAGAAAUCGACUGACGGCGAACUUCUGCUUCUUGCCUGUGUCAUACUAGUUGGAUUGUUUGCUUUGCAACACUCUGGUACUCACAGGGUGGCUUUUAUGUUUGCACCAAUUGUGAUCAUCUGGCUUUUUUCAAUCCUCUUCAUCGGUUUUUACAACAUCAUACACUGGAAUCCGAAGAUAAUCUAUGCAGUUUCCCCGCUUUAUAUCAUCAAAUUUUUCAGAAUGACUGGUCAAGAUGGCUGGAUUUCUCUUGGAGGGGUUCUUCUUUCUGUAACAGGCACUGAAGCUAUGUUUUCAAAUCUUGGCCAUUUCACCUCGGUCUCAAUCAGACUUGCUUUCGCCUUUCUUGUAUACCCAUGUCUGGUUGUACAAUACAUGGGCCAGGCAGCUUUCUUAUCAAAGAACCUCGGGUCUAUUCCCAACAGUUUUUACAGUUCAGUCCCAGAUCCUGUAUUCUGGCCUGUAUUUGUUAUCGCUACACUUGCAGCCAUUGUUGGCAGUCAGUCUGUGAUAACCGCCACAUUUUCAAUAAUCAAACAAUGCCAUGCUCUUGGAUGCUUCCCACGAGUCAAAGUAGUCCAUACUUCAAAACAUGGACAGAUGUAUAUCCCGGAGAUCAACUGGAUCCUGAUGAUCCUGACUCUUGCAAUAACUAUAGGUUUCCGGGACACAAUUUUGAUUGGAAAUGCCUACGGACUCGCCUGCAUGAUAGUAAUGUUCAUCACAACGUUCCUCAUGGCUCUUGUCAUAGUCGCGGUUUGGGAGAAGAGUUGUUUUCUGGCGGCUUUGUUCCUUGGAACUCUAUGGAUAAUCGAAGGUGCCUAUCUCUCAGCGGCGUUCAUGAAACUUGCAGAGGGUGGUUGGGUACCUUUGGUGCUCGCUUGCAUAUUUAUGACCGCUAUGUAUGUGUGGCACUAUGGUACUCGAAGGAAAUACAGCUUUGAUCUUCAUAACAAAGUUUCACUGAAGUGGUUGCUGGGACUAGGGCCUAGUCUUGGUAUUGUCCGUGUGCCCGGGAUAGGACUUGUAUACUCAGAACUUGCAACUGGAGUUCCUGCAAUUUUCUCUCACUUUGUCACCAACAUCCCGGCAUUCCAUAAAGUUGUGGUGUUUGUUUGUGUGAAGUCAGUGCCAGUGCCGCAUGUACUUCCUGAAGAACGCUUCCUCGUUGGCCGUGUUUGCCCAAAGCCUUAUCGUAUGUACAGGUGCAUAGUGAGGUAUGGGUACAAAGACAUUCAACGGGAGGACGGGGACUUUGAGAAUCAGUUGAUACAGAGCAUAGCGGAGUUCAUCCAGAUGGAAGCAGGGGACCUCCAAUCCUCGGCUUGCGAGUCCCAGUCAUAUGAUGGGAGAAUGGCCGUGUUAAGUAGCCACAAGAGUCUCUCAAACUCAAUCCUGACGGUUUCAGAGGUAGAGGAGUAUGAUGAGACGGCGAGACAAAGCAGUAAAUCUAUGACGUUGCAGAGUUUGCGGUCAGUGUACGAGGAAGAGUAUCAGCAGGGGCAAGUGAGGAGAAGGCGUGUGAGGUUGGGGUUAACGCAGCAGGCAAGUCGUGGGAUGGAGGGGUCGGUGAGGGAAGAGCUAAUGGAUCUGAUAGGGGCGAAAGAGGCAGGGGUUGCAUAUGUAAUGGGACAUUCGUAUGUGAAAGCAAGGAAAUCAUCGUCGUGGUUGAAGAAGCUGAUUAUUGAUAUAGGCUACUCGUUUCUGAGGAAGAACUGCAGAGGGCCAGCGGUAGCACUCAACAUACCUCACAUCAGCCUCAUUGAAGUUGGCAUGGUUUACUAUGUUUGAUUGAGCCAAAGAAAAGAAUGCAUGUGUAGUAGUGUAGCAUCUUCACCGAUGAUGCAACAUUCGUGGUGUAUGCUUAUUAUUUAUAUACUCCUCCUUAUGUUUGUUUCACACACUACACUUCAUGUAUUUGUAUUGUAUUGCAAAAAAAUCUUUAAAAAAUGUAUUGUAUUGGUGGAAUUAGACGGCA